CGCAGGACUGGGGAGAAGAUGGCGGAGGAGGAGUUCUCCAACACAACCCAUGAGAGCUUCAACUUCACCCUUCACACUACCUUGGGUGUCACCACGAAGUUGGUGCUGCCGACACCUGCCAAGCCUAUCCUUCCGGUGCAGACAGGAGAGCAGGCCCAGCAGGAGGAGCAGUCAAGUGGCAUGACCAUUUUCUUCAGCCUUCUUGUCCUAGCCAUCUGCAUAAUCCUGGUGCACCUGCUGAUUCGGUACCGACUGCACUUCCUGCCUGAGAGCGUGGCUGUUGUUUCUCUAGGUAUUCUCAUGGGAGCAGUUAUAAAAGUUAUAGAGUUUAAGAAGCUGGCAAAUUGGAAGGAAGAAGAAAUGUUUCGCCCCAAUAUGUUUUUCCUUCUCUUGCUCCCACCUAUCAUCUUUGAGUCAGGAUACUCACUGCACAAGGGGAACUUCUUUCAGAACAUCGGCUCCAUCACCCUCUUCGCUGUCUUUGGAACGGCAAUCUCAGCUUUUGUAGUAGGUGGAGGAAUUUACUUUCUGGGUCAGGCUGAUGUAAUCUCUAAACUCAACAUGACAGACAGUUUUGCAUUUGGCUCCCUGAUAUCUGCAGUCGACCCGGUCGCCACUAUUGCAAUUUUCAAUGCACUGCACGUGGACCCUGUGCUCAACAUGCUGGUGUUUGGAGAAAGCAUUCUCAACGAUGCAGUCUCCAUUGUCCUCACCAACACGGCUGAAGGUCUAACAAGAAAACAUAUGUCAGAUGUCAGUGGGUGGCAAACGUUCUCACAGGCCCUCGGCUACUUCCUCAAAAUGUUCUUUGGCUCCGCAGCUCUUGGCACGCUGACUGGCUUGAUCUCAGCAUUAGUGCUAAAGCACAUCGACCUGAGGAAAACGCCUUCCCUGGAGUUCGGCAUGAUGAUCAUUUUUGCGUAUCUGCCAUAUGGACUGGCAGAAGGAAUCUCACUCUCAGGCAUCAUGGCAAUUCUGUUUUCUGGCAUCGUGAUGUCACACUAUACACACCAUAACCUCUCCCCAGUCACCCAGAUCCUCAUGCAGCAGACCCUCCGGACUGUGGCCUUCCUGUGUGAAACAUGUGUGUUUGCAUUUCUUGGCCUCUCCAUUUUUAGUUUCCCUCACAAGUUUGAAAUUUCCUUUGUCAUCUGGUGCAUAGUGCUGGUACUGUUUGGCAGAGCUGUCAACAUCUUCCCGCUGUCCUACCUGCUGAACUUCUUCCGAGAUCACAAAAUCACCCCCAAGAUGAUGUUCAUCAUGUGGUUCAGUGGUCUUCGAGGUGCCAUCCCCUAUGCGCUGAGCCUGCACCUGGGCCUGGAGCCCAUGGAGAAGCGUCAGCUCAUUGGUACCACCACCAUCGUCAUCGUGCUCUUCACUAUCCUGCUGCUGGGCGGCAGCACCAUGCCCCUCAUCCGCCUCAUGGACAUCGAGGAUGCCCGGGCACGCCGAAGGAGCAAGAAAGAUGUCAACCUCAGCAAGACUGAGAAGAUGGGUAAUGCCAUCGAGUCAGAACACCUGUCUGAGCUCACUGAGGAAGAGUACGAAGCUCACUACAUCCGACAGCAGGACCUCAAAGGCUUCAUGUGGCUGGAUGCCAAGUACCUGAACCCUUUCUUCACACGGCGGCUGACACAGGAGGACCUCCACCAUGGGCGCAUCCAGAUGAAGAGCCUCACCAACAAGUGGUAUGAGGAGGUCCGUCAGGGACCAUCAGGCUCUGAGGACGAUGAGCAGGAGUUGUUCUGAGCCCACACUGCCUCAUGAGGCCUCCUCAGAACACAAGAUGGCAGACCAAGGGCUAGUCUUAGCUGGGAAGCUUCAGGCUUUUGGAGCAUGCUGGCUUCAGAAAUGUGAUAGGCCUCCAUGACUCACAGAAGUAGACAUACCCCAGUGCUAUUUCCGGGCCUGCAGAGGACAGCAGUUGCCAGCCUCCUUGCUGCUUCUCUGCCAGGCCACAGAGAAAGCUUUGGAGGCUGCUUGCUCAUCUCACACCAUGCCUGGGCCAUGGCAUCCUCACACCUCUGGAGCAGCUGCUGGCAAGCACAUCUGCCAUUUGUCUCGGAAUUGUCCUGUGCCUUGGUGUCAGCAGCAGUCCUUAUGACCUGGUACCAAGGCCAAGAGACUGCAGCCUCAGUCCCUGCUCUGUGUCUUGCACUCCCUAAUAGAAAGGCUGACGGGCCUUUUAUCUCGACAUGGAACUGGCACUUAACAGCCUACCUUUGGAAAGGCACCUGUGGCCCUCCUGUGGGUACAAUGCAAAUGUUUACACUGCUGCCUGGCAGGGGCCAGCCUGCAGGCUUCCAGGAAAGGUGUUCGCCCAUCCCCUGGGAUGUUCCUGUUUGGAGGGUUUCCUGAAGAGACAAAAUGGAAGCACAGGGUGCUUGGGGCACCUUCCCCAAGUGUGAGCAUCACCUCUGUGUCCUCUCUUUUCCUCACCUCUCAUUGUCCUCUGUCUCCCCAGUGGCUCUCUAGCCCCUGUAAUGUGAAGCUUCUCCCACCCAGCUACUGUUUAGAGCCCAGCUUUGUCUUUCACCAGUUUCUGGAGCUUGGAUGCCUCUGCCCUCCAUGCCAGGCCCCAGCUCUCCAAGACACUGGGCAGUGCUCCCCACUUUGGUCACCUGGAUUCCGGUGACUUUGGGUCACAGAACACACACACACACAUACGCACGCACGCACGCAUGCACGUCGCAGGAUAAUGUGCUGGAUUAUACCACAGACAAUGGUUGUUGCCUGAUGUCUUCAUCUGCCCUUUUAUAGCUGCAGUCUUCUGCCCAUCCAUGGCCCUUCAGCAACUACCCAUGUGGCCCUAGUCCCUCCUUGUACUCUGGGUGGCUUAGUUGUAUAUGACCCUGACUCACAAUGGGGACACAGUGGGCCUUGUUGCAGGUGUUUCUGAUCUCAGGUGCUCAGGUUCUGAUGUUGGGAAGGACAGUCAGGCCUCUAAGGCCCUGUCACCUCACUGUACUGCAAAAGUUGGUGAAGUUGGAAGCAUGCAGUUUCCUUCUGUAUAUAAGAUCCCUUAUCCUUGGCAAAGCCAAGACACAGUCCUCUUCCUUGUCUCUCGCCUUAGCCCUGGAACUGGAGCCCUCUGUGGCCUUGUGUGAUUUUGGGUUAAGGGGCUCCAUUCAGACUGAGUUGUUCUCUUUCUCAGAACUCAGGGUCCAUCUUUGAGACUGGCCCCUGUCUCCAGGUCUCCUGUCCCUGGUACGUUAUUCUUGGUCUCCUGAGACCUGAAGCGAGCAUCCCAGAGCUUGGUGAGAGUGCUGCUGCACCCGCUACAAGCACCAGUAGUUGCCUCUGCCUCUUACUGGAUGAUGUAGGUUUAGCACCGGGAGACUGCCCAGCCCUGCAGAGCCACUGGCCAGGGAGCAAAGUGCUAGAUGUUUUUAUUUUUCAGAUGUUUUACCUGAGAAACAAACUGCUGCCACCACCUCCUCAGACCUGCUAGUCCUGUUGUGUGCGGUGGCGAAGGCACAAAUGGUGUAAUGUGCUGCCCCAGUUUCAGGUCUAGGCCAAGGGACAGGCCAGCUGGGCACACAGAAGGUAAUACUUCAGUGUAUGGAGGGACCUGGGUGCCCCUGGGUAUCUGGCACUUUAGCCAGUGGGCAGGCCAUACCCUGUACUUCCUGGUGGUCCAUCCCUGCAGUGUACACAAACCAGGUCUUGGGUGACCUGCUUUCUACAGUGCUGUGGUCACAGGGUCCCUCCAAACAGCCACAUCAAGCAUCUUGACAGGCUGAGGGGCUUGGUAUGCAGAUUUCUUUCUGUGCAGUAGAAUGCCAAGAGACUGAGCAGAGAGCCUUCUUAAAACCCACCCUGAAGGCGACCAUGUGCCCAUGGUUGGUUCCCUCCUCCCUUAGCUAUGGAGGUACAUGUGUAGAGGUCAGCUGCUGUUGGCUCAGACAGGAGGAUCCAGUAGCUGUUUACCACCCACCAGGUUUCUAAGAUGCCAUGUGGAGAUGGGGUCCUCCCCAUUCUCCUCAGAAAUAGCAGCUUGUUUUCUCUGCUGGCAUCCAGGCAGCGAGAGGCAGACUGCUAGCUGAACGACCAUAAGAACAUGAGGCCAGGCCCAUGGGAGGAGGGCCUUCUGGUGACCCUGCUUCUCCAUCCUGCCUGCCUUCCCACCUGUCCAUCCUUUCAGAAUUGGGAGGUACCAUCAUGUGCAGUGGUGGGAUAGGCCAUGCUCAGUGGCUCAGUGGCUGUGGCCCUGCUUUUGAGCCAUGGUAGCACUGGCUGGUGAGUGGUGGAGUUGUUCUGCUUCCACCAGGGGGAAGGGGAAGGCUCUCCUCACAAGCCUGGGGUUUUUUUUUCUCCUGACAGUGGAGGGUUUCGGAAGCCCUAGCUUUCUGUUGUGAUUUAGGUAGGCUGUUCGGUUCAAGGUCCCUGGGGCCUUUGCUGCUUUGGGAGGGGCCUGGGAUCUGAACUGGAGGAAAACUUCUGGAGUUUCCUCCCUCUUGCCUGUCUGCUCCCCUCACCCUCCCUGCUGGAUUGGGGGAGGGUGUCCCAGGCCACCUCACUGGAUAGUUAGAAAUAAAGUGCUGUGUGAUCAGAGCUGACCUCAGUGUGUCACACGUUUGCAGACCGGGGUUUGCACACUCCUAGGUAUGGCUGAGUCCCCACAGCUCUGCAGGACGGCAGCAGGCAUAUUCCAAGAAGUGCAGUGUUUAGGAGUACAGCUCUGGCCUCAGCGAACAACACUUGAGACAGGAUGUUCAUGUCAACCAUGCCUUCCUCCCAGGUGCCAGGAAGCCAUUGCUCCAGGCUGCUGCUUGACCAAGUGCUGGUUUUUGACAGCAGAAAAUGGAGAACUUCUCCAUGGAAUCUGAAAGGCUGAGGAUUCAGAGCCUCUCUGGUCCUCAGCUCAUGAAGGAAGCCCUUCUCUGAGGUGCUGAGGCAACUCAUGCAUGUACACUUCCUGAGGGAGCUGCUGCCAGCACCAGGUACUGGCAUGAGCAGAGCCUGCCAGCAAAGCCCAGUGGACAAAAACCAGGUUUUCUGGUUCUUUCCAGCUCUGAGACUUCCCCACCCUGACCAGCUACCAAGAGAGUGAAACCGCCCCUGUACCUACCUAGCACCAGCCAUAGGAUGCAGGUACGAGGCCCCUCUGCCAACAUCAUGUGGCCUUGGCCAUAUGGGAAGGCUGCCUGAGUGUAACAGCUCAUGGGAGGGAACUCAACCAGCCUUGAGUCAGGAAAGACACUGGUGAAGAACAGAUCAGAUUCUCAGGAUGCCCUGGUCCUGAAGAUGGCUGGGAGUUUUUCUGAGUAGUGUGAGCAUGGAAGAAAGGGCUCAGUUCCACUGAAGGAUAUAACCUGAUCAACUUCAGAGAAAGCCCUCAAAGUAGAGAGGAAAACUAGAAGAAAUAGCUUCCUUAGAGGCCAGAAGCUGUGGAAAAAAGGGUCCCAGAGCCCCCAACACACACAGCACUCAAUCUGAGGAAGAGACAUUUUAGUGCACACUAAAAACAUGCUAUAUGGGAGGUGGAGGCAGGGGAAUCUCUGAGUUGGAAGCCAGCUUGGCCUACAUAGUAAGUUCUAGGCUAACCAAGGCUAUACAGUGAGACCCUGUCUUUAAAAAUCAAACAUGCUGUCAGACACAGUGGUGCACACUCAAUCCCAAAACUAGAGGCUGGGACAGGAAGAUGGCCACAAUUCUGAGCCAACAGGAACUAACUAUAAAGUAAGAGUGCUUGCUUGAAAGGCAAAGAAAAAGAAAAAAAAACACACAUACUACCCACACACUUGAGUUCUGCGUGGUGCUGCCAUGCUUCUCUGAGGCUGCAGCUUUCUUAGGAAGAGAGCAGGGCUCAUUCCCAGCUCCACACUCCUGUCAGUCCCUUCACGUGUUGAGGAAAGCCCUCCGACUCAGGAUGUCCACGAGAGCAGCACCUUGGAGAGCUGCCCAUGGCUCCUCUCCUUUACAGUCGGUACAGUGCUGGGAUUAAAGGCGUGGGAGGCCAGGAGCCACCUAUCAAAGUGGAUGCUAGGAACCAGACUCUGUGUUCUGAGAGCAGCAGGCACUUUGUACCACGAAGCCAUCUCUCAAGUCCUACAUCUGCCAUUUUAACUUGGGCUCUGGGGAACAGAUCAGGGUCUCAUACUUGUAAGGCAAACGUUUAACCAACCGAGCCAUCUCCACAGACCAAUUUUCAUUUCACACAAAGCUAAGGCACUGUGGUAUAUACUUACAAUCCAAACAUUUGGGAGACUCAGGCAAAUGGAUUACUUCAAGUCUGAGACCAACACAGUCUCCAUGGUGGACACCAGUCAAUUACUAGAAAUUCUCAUAAAACCAGAGAAAAUA